AUGGCCUCCGGAUUCAGCUACACGGGCGGUCGGACAAAGUGUUUUCCUUUCUGGCAGGACUUCCAAAAGUGCUAUGCGGGCGCCGACCACCCGAGCGAGUGUGUGAACCAGAAGGAGGACUACUUGGAGUGCUUGCAUCAGACUAAGGAGCUCUCCCGCGCGAUGCGGAUCCAGUCCGAGUACUUGAACAAGACGGCGCACGAGUUGCAGGACAAGCGCAAGGCGGCCGAGGCACAGGUCGAGACGGGCGGGAUCCUCGGGUUGGGACUGCUGCAAAGUGAGGGUGGGCAGGCGCAAGAGGCCAAGGCAUAG